CAUAUUUCCCUGCCUGUGCCACACAGAAACAAGUCGGCCAUAUUGCUGUGUUCUCGCCGUCCAAAUCAGUCUGCGCUGUAUUUUCGUGUUCUUACCACACCGGGAUGUGUCAGUGCUGGAAGCGGUGCGAAAACCCCUGCAAUUAACCGACUAGUAUGUUCUCGUGAGUGUGUCCAAGUGCCAGCUUCGCGUACUUUGCGUGUCCGAUUUGUUCAGUGCGACCAGCAUCUAGCCGCAGUCGGUCGGGCCGAGAAGAAGAAAAAUCACAGCCAUCGCCAGCCAGUCGCAACCCUCAAGGUCUUGGGAUUUUGUGUGCCCGAGUCGCGGACGCACCGAUUUUGGCACCAGUGCGACCUGAUCGUGCCCCGAAAUGGAUUUGUGAGCGUCCAAGGUGUCGCAUUAUGCAGAAUCCAACAACCUCGCAAGCAGGCUGUCCAGCCAGUUUUGAGAAGAGAGUUGUGGUCAUCGGAAGGGUCCAGGCAGUGAGCAGGAGUCUCGCUGCGGGACACCCUGUACCCCACGACCUCCCCUCACAAUGAGUAGCAGUGCGCUAGCAGCCACCACUAAGAAGAGAAAAAAAUCAGACGGCAGACAACAGCAGCAACAAUUAAACAAGUGCCUGAACGAGAAACGCCGUCGGGAACAGGAGAACAUCUACAUUGAGGAGCUGGCGGAGCUCAUCAGCGCAAGUUUUGCGGACAUGAGCUCAUUGUCUGUCAAACCUGACAAGUGCGCCAUACUCCAAGAAACCGUUAAUCAGAUCCGCCGCAUCAAGCAACAGGAAGCCCAAUCAGGCGAUGCCGUGCAGCAGGGUGAAGUUUCGUCCAGCAAGCCAGCUCUGAUUGGGCACCAAGUGUUUGGCCCCCUUCUGCUCGAAGCCUUGGAAGGAUUCCUCUUUGUGGUCAGCUCAGAAGGCAAAGUUGAGUUUGUGACGGACACAGUCAGCCAGUUUACUCGUUUCACCAAGGACGACGUUCUUGGCAAAAGCAUAUACAACUUUCUGCACCACGGCGAUCACGCGCGGUUCAGCUCAGGCUUGCUGCCCAUGACCUUAGGCUGGCCAAACGAAGGCGCCGCCGGACACUCACGCAGCCGCACAUUCACUUGUCGCCUGCUGAUCAAACCGCCGGACGACCAAGACGAAACUAUGGAAGAGAAGCAGCAGCGGGUCUCCAAAUACGAAACAAUGCAGAUCUCCUCAAUGCUUAUUCCCUUCCCUGGUGACCGCUCCGGACAGUCUGGAGGAGAAAACGAGACUUCCGAAAGUGAGGGUGGGCCCUCCAUGAUGUGCGUCGCACGACGUAUGCCAGCCAACGAGAACAUGGGCAACUUCUGCGCCCAGUUCACCACCAAGUUGGACAGAAAUGGCAUCAUCCUCAGCAUCGACUCGAGUGGAAUUGGACUCAACACGUGCCCUGGUCUUGGAAAGGACUUGAUUGGCAGGAGUCUGCACCAAAUAGUGAUUUCAAGUGAUGCCCCACGUCUUGCCGCGCACCUUUCUGAAGCGCUCACUGUUGGCCAGUCAACAAGUCCUGUAAUUCGACUGGCAAUCAACAUGAACGGUCCCCCUGUACCUGUCCAGACCAAAAGCAAGGUCUUCAAAGCAAGUCCUGCCAGCUCCUCCAGUUCAAUGGAACCCGAUUUCAUUAUGGCCACACACACCCUCAUGAAUAUGGAUAUGGAAGGUGGUCCCAUGGCAAGUCCUGCGUCGAUUGCCGCCCCCAGCUCCCCACUUCUGACCCCGACAGGUGCCUCGCUGGCCCCAUCCUCAUUAGACAGCUCGCCACCUUCGCGACAUGUCCCCUCUCAAACCUUGCCCACAACCUUUUCCGGAUUUUCCUCCGAUCUGGGCAACCUGGACUUUGACUUUUUAACCCACACACCGUCAGAUUGGGAUCUCCAGCCUCCGGCAACAGCAGCAUCGACUGCCUCCGGAGGCAGCGGCAGCAACUGGGGUAGCCCACCACCCCCCAAGCCAAGCCCUCAGCAGACUCAGACACAGCAGACAACUAACUGGGACCGCGGAAGUCCUUCUCCGAGGAACCACCCAUGGGACAAUAACUCGCAACCCUCAACCCCGUGCAGUCCAAUGGCUGAAGAUAUGGAAAUACCAUCCGGCUCCAGACAUUCGGAGUUGUCGUCAACAAUCAAUAAGGAGUCAGCCCGUCUGCGCAACCUGUUGACUAAUCGACAGCAGGUGCCUCCUAACAGCUCACCUGGCCACAAGCACCGCAUCCUCAAAGGCUUGUUAAACCAGGACGAUGACGAGGAUGACCUUGAUGCAAGUACCGAGUCCCCCAUGGACAGCACUAAUGCUAGAAUUGCUAGUAAUAACUCCUCGGCAGCUGCCUCUUCCACCAGUAAUAACAAUAUGCUGCUCAAGCUUCUCAAUGAGAAAAGUGAUGAUGAUGAUGUGGAGGCCAGGGCAGGCUUAAAGAAGCAGAACGAAUUACUGCAACAGCUAUUAAAAGAUGAUGAAUCAGAGAGGUCGAAUUCUGGUGCUAAUUCACAGGACGACUCUCUGCUGAAAAGCCUGGGAUUCAGCAAUUCCAGUCCGCCGACCGCCAAUUCCUCUCAGGUAGGAGAAUGCAGUUCGGUUGUUUCUGGAGGUCGCAAGCGACCUAGUUUGGAAUCGGAUGAUGGAGUGGGUGGCAAGCGCCUGCAACAGGCGCCAAUGCCUGCCCAGCAGAUGGGCAUUGCCAGUGGCACUGUAAUCGCUGCCCCAUCUCAGGUGAGUUCAAGUGGAAAUUCGUCACGCCUGUGGGAGAGGAACAAGAUGCUGGCAUCUCUGCUGGCCAAGCAGCCCUCUCAGCCAACAACGAUUCCUCCCAUUCCCACAUCUCUGAUCCAAGCCACACCCAACGAGCGACUGCCCAAAGUUGUUGAUUCAAAUGUCGCCAAUCCCAACCGUGGUUCUGGCGUUGGUAGAGGACCUCCGCAGUCGCCAGCUUCCCAGCAAGUGCCACCCAAAGUGUCUCCGGGGAGCACACCAGUUGUGGCUCCACAACCCCCACAGGGCCCGACGCAGCCCAACCUGACAAUGCCAUUGGAGGGAACGGCAGGACCCUCUGGCCGCAUGGAGGCUGCUGACUCGAGUGGUGUGAUGCUCAACAGCAGCACAGGGGAACUGAGCUCCUGGGAAUCUUCAUCUGCAAACGCGGCUAAUGAUGAGAUGCUCUCAGACAUACUGGAUCAGGUCAUAGAUAUUGUGCCUGAAAAUAUGUCUUCAGAUGCGGGUGCCCUUUCCAACUAUAUGGACCCAAUAGAUGGAUCUAUGAUGAUGGCUGGUGGGUUAGGUAACUCUGGUGGAAUGAUGGGGGGUUCUGGAGGAAUGGCUGGAGCAUCGUCUGGAUCUUCGAGCUCUGCCAAUGGCAACCUGAGUGAGAAGUUGGCCAUAUCGGCUAUUCAAAAGUCGCUCAUGCAGUUCUGUGAGAAGGCAGUAAAGAGUCCGCCACAGUACCAAACACCAAUGCAACCACCACCAGUUUACCCCACUCCAGCUCAACAAAGGGCAGCACUUGGCUUCAGUCAGCCACAACCAGUGCAAGCACAACCUAUUAUGCAGAAUGCAGCUGCAGCUGCCGCCAGGGCACAAUUUGCUGCUCAAGCCACGCUUGUGCAAGCAAAUCAAGUGGGAAAUCAGGCUACAUUGCAGCAGCGUCGGAAACUGCUGAACUCGCAGCAGCAAAUGCAAAAGCAGAGGCUGCUGUUGCAGCAACAGCAAACGCAGGUUCUCAUCAACAACGCAGCACAAGUAAAGCAAGACCCCCACUCCAAUAUGGAUGCCCUCAUUAGAAACAACACCAUGCCCCCGAACGUCACUCUACAGCGCUCUGCUAGUGUACCUGACAGUCAGCUGUCUCCUGGCUAUGACCCCUUAAGCCCUUCUCAGCAGCGACCACAGCAGCAGCAGCAACAGCCUCACUUUAAUGCCUUUAAUGCUGGAUUUGGGAACCAACAAACCCGACUCUCGCCGUUGCCUAGAUCUGUUUCGAGUAAUGCAUUGCCCUCGUUCCAGCAGCAACAGCAGCAGCAGUUGUCUCCUAGAGUCAGCCAGGGAAUGCCGCAGCAGCAAUGGGCAGGUCAAGAUAAUGUUGGGAAUGUGGCAGCCAAUCGUCUUACUAUGCAACAACAGCAAAAUCCUAUGCUAAAUGCUCAGCUAACCGGUGCUUAUCCUCAACAAAGCACACCGCGAAUUGCUCCAAAUGCAUAUAACCAGCAAGUACAGCGGCCUGCAUUGCACGCAGCGGCUGGAGGCGGGGCGAGAAGUUCUCCUUUUACUCCGGAAAAUGCGCCACCCUCGUCUCCCGGCACAGCAGGCACCUCCUCGCCUGGACUGUUUCAGGCAGGCGCAGCUGGCAACAUUUUCCCAACCGGGUCGCAGAAUAACUUCAACCCGCAGCUGCAAAUGCAAAUGCAGAUGCAGCAACAGCAGCACCAGAUGAGGCUUCAACGUGCCAUGAGUCACCCGGCCGGGGCCAGCAAUGGUCCUCCGCAGCAGCAGCAGAUGCAGCAGCAGCAGAACAUAGCUGGCUGGCACCACUCGGGUAUGAUGGGCUACUCACCAACAACGUUGCCGCUAAAGCAUCAUCACCAACACCUGCAUCACUACCAACAACCCCACUCUCCCUUGCCCUAUCCCCCAGCAGCUACCUCAGACCACAUGAACAGUUCCUAUGACCACCCCUCCUCACCUUACCCAUUCUCUCCACUACCUCACCGGACCACCCAGCUCUCGCCAGGAGCAAACAACGGCAUGCCUUCCGAGUUUGUUCUCCAGAAGCUGAGAGCUACAGUGAGUGCCGGCAACCAGCAACACCAGCAACAGCCUAUGCAGUCAGGGGCUAUGGUAUCUAGUCCUAGGCCACAACCGCCUCAACAACAAAUGGUGCAGCUUGGGGCCAACAACCUUAUCAGCAACGAGGAACUACAGGCACUUGGAAUCAAUUUUGAAAUCGACAAUGGUAACAAGAUGUGGGAUUCGCCAGCACAAAACCCUGGCCAACAGCAACAGCAGCAUAUGGGACCUGGUCCAUCCUCAGUAAGAGAGGAUGCUGGAAUGCGCGGAGGUGGGACUGCGAACCAGUCGUCUUUGUUGCAGAAGUUGCUGUCAGAAUGAGCUAGCAACCAAAUUGAUGUUAUUGUGUGAAUGGACUGAUCAACACUGAAGCACAUGUAUCACUCCAUUAUUCGGGUUGCACCCAAAUACUCGAUUGAACUAGCCUUAAUCAUUAUGAUAUACAUAAGAAAAGAAGAGAAUUCGAAGAUAUGAAGAUUUUAUUUUGGUGACUACGAUGUUAGCUUUAUCUGCAAGAGUCUGAGAUUUUCAAAAUGUCAUGGCCUUAAGUGAUGAUGAUUGUAGCAUAUAUUUGAAAAAAAAAAACUAAAAACAAUGAGAAUUCAAAUUAUAAGAAUUAAACUUGAGAGCGAAAAACGUCAACGUUUGAUUGAUUGAUUGAUGUGCAAUUCAAAGAUGCUAUUUAAAUUGUUAUGUUUAAAUUAUUUACCAAGAAAAUAUUUUGUAAGGCCAGUGAUUUGCUUAGUAAAAGGAAUUAUUAAGAUAACUUCACUUACAUAAGUGUGUACGCUACACUGUGUUUGUGGGUAUGAUUGCUUUUAAGUUGCACUGAUCACAAAAAUUGUUGAAAUUAUUGAGAAGAAAAAAUGACUGACAAGGACAAAAAAAAGCUUCAAGCUGUGCAAUGACAACAACAAAUUCAGCAGUGAGUCUGCACCAUAGAAGAACUUUGAUUCAUUAUUGUUGGCACCACACAUUUAUUAAUGUUUCUAGAACAAUUGAAUAAAUGAGAAAAUAGUGAUUGACAAUGAAAAAUACUACUGCUCCGAACAAGCAAGAUGGAACUCCUCGAGUUGAAUAUAAUGUGUGUCCAGUGGUUGUGAUUUCAUGAUAUAACAAAUGGAUUUUUUUAUUGUUAUAUUCUCGCAAAAUUUGUAAGGAAAGUCUCCUAAAACACACAUAUAAACACACAAACUAAAUUGAUUUUUUUACACCAAUCAAUAUGAUUUGUUCCUAUUAAAACAAAAAUUAUUUUACCAAUUUUAAAAAUUCCACAUGUGCAUUACUAUUGGAAAUUUAGCAUUUUUUUGUUUAUCUUGGUAAAACUUCAUAUCAGCAAGGCAAAUUAAAAAAAAAAAAUGUGCGUUAGGAGACUUUUCUUAUUUGUGGAAAAUGUCAUUGAGAAAGUUAUUAAAUUCUAGACGUUAAUUUUUUUUUUGCUCGCUAUUGAUUUUUGUAUGUGCUGAUGACUGAACAAGGACUAUUUAAACCAAAGCUGUAAUAUUUUUCGGGACUUGGUAUGAGAAAUAUUUUUGUACUGUCCAACGAUUUCAUCAUGACUUAACUAGCACUGUAAUGUCUGUAAUCGGUAUCUCCAUUUUGCCUUCAAACCGUCUAGCAGUCCUCACAACUGAUAUUUUUUAGCAAAAGAAGCAAAACUAGGUUGGUUAAUACCGAAGGGAGUGAGCUGAAUUUUACUUUAUUUUGUCUGCGUCUGUGCGUCAUAUAUUUGAACUCUUAAAUUUUGCACAAUAUUUUUAUUUUGUUCAAUUUCUGUAGGGGCAAAAUCAUCCUCUGAAUGUAAAGGAAAAUCUGUAGAUCCCAGAUUGAUUUAUUCUACUGCUUUUUUGCAACACAGCAGCAGACUGGGCAGUCGGGCUCCGUCAAUGAUAUCGCCCUAUGGGCCAGUCCAGCCCUGCACAGCAGUAGCAAAAGCAAAGACAGGCUAAAAAAACUUAGGGCUUUUGGAUUGUUUGCUUCAUUCAGUAUUUAAUAUAUUGAUUUUUGCUGCAUUUUGCUCAAUUUUAUUCCUUCGUUGUCUAUCCAUUUUGAUGAAUUAACUGAAACAAAUAUUAUAUUAUAUUCUCCCUUCAUCUUUGUCCGUCUGUAGCAUGAUUUGACUUGCACCCUGAGCAAAAAAGAGAAAUUCAUGAAAGGGAAUAAUAAUUGUAAUAUAUAAAAAAAACUUGAAUUAAAUACCAAGAUGAAAUAUAAAUUCCACGAUAAUGGAAACAUAUUUUUAACCUCUGCAAAAUACACACAUACACACACACACACACUCAUAAAUAAUAAUUUUUCUUGAAAAGUUCCUGUUUGUAUAAUACUAUUUUUGUAAUUGUGGUUUAUUUUGAUUGUGCUACUGUAGAUGAAGUAUUGAUAAGUUAAAUGUUAAUUAUUAUUCAUUAUAAUAUCAGUGUUUAAUUACUAGGCUUUUGGGGAUAAUGGGUCUUUGUUAUAAUUAUUACUAUAUAUUUGCGUAAGUUACGGCCAUUUGUUUGUUUACAUCAUGAGUGAAUAUAUUCAUACUGCUAUAUUAUUACAUGAUUAUUAUUCUACAUUAUUAUAUUAAUCUCAGCAUUAAAUUUGAUAAUGGAGAAAAGGAAGGAAACCUAUCUGCCCUAAUAGGAUUGCAAAGUUGUUGUCUAUAUGGAUGGACACAAAAGUACAUUUGUGUUUAUAUAAUUAUAUAGGCUCCCUCCUAUUUGGAGACAAAUAAAAUGUAUUGCAAUGAAAACUUGA